AUGAGCUACGAUAGAUGGAUGUGUGGGGAGGAGGAGUGGCUGAGUGUAAGAAGAUCACGAAGAAGAUCAACACCAAAGGGAUCUCAGAGAGCCAUGAAGGCACGAGGGCUGAUAUCGAUUGCAAACAACAUGUAUGUGAGAAACGAGUUGGACAAAUGCAUCCAGAUCCUCAAGGAGGCAAUCUGCCUAUGCCCAAAGAAUCCACGCCCGUACUUUACUCUAGGGCUGAUAUUUGAAGAAAAAAGGGAGUAUCCAAAGGCAUACUACUGCUUUCUUGUUGCAGCACACUUGCAAAAGAACAACUAUGGGCUUUGGAGAAAGCUUUACGAGUAUUCCCGGCGCCUUGGGUAUGAGAAGGAGCGGAUAUACUUUAUUGAGGUGCUACAGAAGAAGGGGAGCAUGAGGGAAAUGGUUCUUGAGAAGAUGCAGCUGUAUGGUAAGGACACGUUUAAGGAGCUGUGCUGCAGAAUCGAGCUUUUUGAGUUUGAUGGUGCAGACGACAGGAUUUUUGAGCUAAUCAAGCAGUCUGUGACACAUAAAGCAAAAUUGGGAAGGCUAACAAAAAAGCUUCAAGCACAUCUUUCGAAUGCAGGCAGCCGCUGUUCUGAUUACUAUGUGCUUCAACUGAUCCUUCUGAAGUAUGAUGCGCUUGAUACAGCUGGCAUGAACAUGCUGUUUGAAAAGCAUGUGGGUACAAGAGCAAUUACUCUUGAUGCAAAGCUGCAGGUGAUCCGGAUUAUUGCAAAGCUGGAGGCUGGCAAGGAGGCUGAGGAUUGCAAGGAUCUUUGGGAGUUUCUUGAUGAUGAGGAUGUGUGGGCUGAGCAGAUUGAGCUGUGCAUGCUAAGGCAUCUGGUGGAGGUGCUCGCUAGCAAAGGGAUGGUUGAUGAGGUGACAAGGCUACUGAGCAGGGUAAGAAACAAAUUUGAGGAUCAGAAGGAGUUUGUGUAUUGGAAGAUGGGACGGGUUUUUCAUGACAGCGGACGAGAUGACGAGGCACUUUUGUACUACAAACUUGUGCUAGAAAUCAAUCCCGUGAAUGACAUGGUGAAAUCGUGCAUUCAUUCGAUAUAUGUGAAGCAAGGAAAUGCAGAAAUGGCCCGGAGGUAUGAAACGAUCAAGCAGCUCAUUGAGAUUGUUGAUGAAAGGAACAAAUGCGGGGAGGCAUAUUCGGUUGAGAAAUGCAUAGACAUGCAUGUGCUUUAUGAGGAGACAAAGGCAUUGAAAAAGGAGCCUGAACGGUUUCUUGAGAGGAACCAGGUGCUUGUGAAUGAUUUUUUGAAGAAUAAGCGAGUUUAUGAGAGGAGGAAGAAGAGCAAGAGCAUGACGAUGUCAAGAAUAUGUAAGCAGAAGCGCAUAGGAAGGGAGUCGGAGCAGGACAGGGAGGAUCUUGGGAGUGUUAAGGCUGAUGAUGUACAUGAAGGAUUCCGACUGGCUGAUCUGCAUGGACUAAGCGUUGACGAAUGGUUUGAUGUUGUAUCUGGGCAUAUAUGCUAUCUUCUGAUAGCAGGACGGUCUGAGGAGGCAACGGGGAUGGUUUUCAAGGGGCUGGAGGCAUAUGUGUUCCGGUGCAGGAAUGAUUUGAUGAUGAAGCUGGUGUUUGUUGGGCUGAAGAUCUCGCUAGUGCUUGGGGAUUUUGGAGACUUUGUGACUCUUGUGAGAAGUAUGAUAUGCCACACGGGCAAUUAUUCGUACACAUACCUGCUUUUCUACUUCAGCAACUUUUUUAUGUUUUUCCACAAGGAUGGAGAGUUUUCGUAUUUUCAGAAGUAUCUGCAACGCGUUUGCAGGCGGAGGCUGAUGAUUAGCAACACGGAGUAUUCGUCGAGUGAUGAAGAAGAGGUUUGUGAGGUACAGGAUAUGGAGGAGAUGCAUAUGCAGAAGAAGGAAGAUGCAGGCGAAAGAGAAUGCUUGAGAAGGAGCGUGGUUGGAGUGACGCACUUUCUGUUUCUGAAUUCACUGAUUCCGAACCUGUUGCAGGCAAAAACGGUAGAGAUGGUGUCGUCGAUUGAGAGGGAGAGCAGCCGUUCAGAAAGCAUCAUUCUUGCAUCGAUGUUUCUGAUGCACUCGAAGUCGAGGCGUGUAAGUGAUAGGAAUAUGUUUGUGAAGAAAGGAGUUGCGAUCCUGAAGGGAUUGAGGGAGAGAUGUAUUGCGGAGGGGGGAGGAGAUGAUGCAUGCAUUGCAUCGUACAACAUUGGGAAGGCAUAUCAGUUUUUUGGGUUUCCUGGCCUUGCGGAGCGUUUUUACUUGGAGGCGCUGAAUGCAUCUGAUGUUGAGCUGAAGCGGCUUGCAGAGUUCAACUUGUAUCUUAUAUACAAGAAGAGCAACACGAUGCAGGUGUUUCGAGAUGCAGUGUGUAGAUAG